UUUCUCAUGCGGGCCUGAAUCCCACCGGACUCCCUCCCGGGGGACGUCGGGAGGGAUCGUUCCUUUGCAAACGGUGGCCGCAAAAGGUCCUCCACCGCAGGUGGAGGGGUGCCCGCUAGAUGCGUGCGAAGCCAAACCCACUAUUGGCGGAAGUUGGGAUGGAAGGGACGGCAGUCUCAUAUAUGUUCGACCACGCACGCUCCACAACCACUUGGAGCUUGUGACACGCGGUCCAAGGCCACGGCGGGCGGUCAAGAUCAGGAAGGAAAAAAACGCGGAGUACGAGAGGGCGACGUACGCGGCGUCCAGUCACCGGGGAAGUCAUCGUGCGCGCGAUUAUCUUGGUGACAGUGUGUCUUGAUCGGUGAAAAUCGACGAGCCAACCGACCAUGAGGACACUCGCUUCGACCUUCCUCUUGGUCCUCCUCGGAUUCGCGCUGCAUGCCCGCUGCGAGGAGGUGGCGGAGGAGAACGCUCGUGAUGAAGAGAACGGUAUUUUGGAGUGUGUAUUCGAGGACAACACCGGCAACUGUCUGAGGACGAGGCUGGCUCGCGACCUGGACCAGAUCGAACAAGAGGUUACUGGGAAGAAGAAUGAACCGCCGAUGAGCGUGGUGAUCGAGCAAGCUGGCAGUAUCAUCGCGGAAGUCGUUGACGAUCUGCAGGAGACCGGCGCGGAAGGGAUCAUCGGGGAGGAUGAGGCUCAAGACGACGAGAUAGAAGAGGCGCGCAAAAUAAAGUUCGGCAAGAAGAAGAAGAAGAAGCAGCUGCAGAAGCUCCUGGGGCUCGCGAUGCUGUUGAAAGCGAAACUCAGCCUGCUGUUGCAGAUCAUCAGCACGCACUUCCAGCUCAAGUUCUUCGUCAUCGCCAUCAUCUCCCUGCUGAUGAACGCCACGAGGUUCUGGCUGGAGCUGAAGAAGAGUCACCCGUCCAAGGUGAUCUACUAUGAACACGCGCAGCAUCAGCAUCAUUACGACCACGACGAUCACGAUCACGGCUACUGGGGAAGAUCGUCGAACGAGACCCCCAUGGAUCUCGCUUAUCGCGCCUAUGUGCCCAUGGAGUGACGUUGGGUUUCGCGCGCAAAAAGAGACCGGAAGUGACAGCACCGAGAGGACCCAUGAAGGAAAAGUCAAACGGCGAAACAGCGAAUCUCACCUUAAAAUCAUGACAAAAGAGACCGCCCUUUAUUUAUUGUAAAGAUAACGAGUUCAGUGCGAAAGCAGCUUGACAGUGUGCAUACACGUAACGACGCGUUUAUUUAUGUCAUUAAUUACUUAACUUAUCUCGUCGCGCCUGGAGCUCAGUAAACGUGGGAUGAUCCGGAUCUCUUUCUGUCUCUCUGGAUCGCGAAAAUCCACAUUGUCACAUAUGCAGAAACCACAACCGACUCUUUGGCCGACCAGAACGUCUCAUCAUUUCGCCUUGAAUCAUACCAAAGUUACUUACGAGUACCUGUACGCUAGCUCGCCGCGUGGGCGAUUUGUUAAGAUCAGCUGUUGUGAUUAUCGUGAGCGAACACGUUAUCACUUGUAUCGUGACUCGGCAAAGCAACAGCUAGGUCUCAAAAGUUGAACUUCUCUGCGCGGACGUUCGUCACGCUCGGAAAAGGUACAAAAUUAGACGUCCGCGUAUCUUCUUUAUAGGACAGUAGUAAUUUAUGAUAGAACAACGAAUUAAUUUUUACACAGGACCUUGUACGUACUAAAACUUUUGAUAAUAAACUAUACGAGUAUUACACCGA